AUGGUAUCUGAGAAAGUUAUCUCCCCAGUCACUGAUGAUGAUUCUAAAGAAAAGGAGGAAAAAGCUACAAGUGAUGAAAUUCAUGUGGAAAAUAAAACUCCACCUCUACCGUUCCCUCAAAGAAAAAAAGUAUCAAGAAGAGGCCAAUUACAAGAAAUUUUGGGAUCUUCUAAAGCAGGUUCAAGUAAAUCUUCCUCUGUUGUUAUUCUACAGAGUGCUCCCAAAUAUGCAAAAUACCUGAAGGAUAUAGUGGCAAAUAAGAACUGGUUGACAGAGUAUGCUACAGUUGCACUUACUGAGAAGUGCACAUUAAAGAUUCAAAACAAAUUGCUCACAAAGCUGAAGCAUCCAGUUGAUCCGGUCAUUCCAUUUAUAUUGGCACGGACCUUCCUAGCAAUAGGAAAGACAUUAAUUGAUGUAGAAGCAUGGAAGAUGACAAUGAAAUUACAUGAUAAAAGGGAAUAUUUUAAUGUGUAUGAGGCGCUAAAAUUGCCAGCUAUAUGUGAGGAGUUGUCUACUAUAUCAUUUAUAGACCUUGAGUCAGAUCAUAGGUUGUUGUUGUCAGAAAAUCUAUUAGAGCGAGUUUGGCCAAUUGGCCCAUCUCCCAAAGCUUUAAUUAAUGAAUCUUCAAAAUUGGAUCUUAAGGUUCUUAUUCCUCACUUGAGAUAUGUUUACCUUGGUCACAAUGAUACCUUGCCUGUUAUUUUGUCUGUUGGAUUAUAUGAUAUACAUGUAAAGGAACCAAUGACAGUCUUAAAAAGAAAAAAGAAGGUGAUUGGUUGGCAAAUAUCUGACAUUACAGGGAUAAAUCUAGCUUUUUGUAUGCACAAUAUAAACAUGGAAGACGGUUUCAAACCAAGAGUACAACAACAACGAAAAUUGAAUCCGGUGAUGGAGGAUGUGGUGUGGAAAGAGGUAAUAAAGUGGCUUGAUAAUGGAAUUGUUUAUCCAAUUUCAGACAGCAAGUGGGUAAGACCAAUACACUGCAUUCCAAAGAAUAGUGGGAUAAAUGUAGUUACCAAUGAAGCUAAUGAGAUAAUUCCCACUUGUAUAGUGACUGGAUGGAGGAUCUGUAUUGACUAUUGCAAGAUUAAUGAAGCCACAAAAAAGAACCACUAUCCUGUCCCGUUCAUUGAUUAA